AUGGAUUUUCCUUCAGUGAUGCAUUCAGCGGUAGCGGACCAGUACCAGGCUGAUGAAACUCGCCAUGGACCGUCUCCGGCUUCAUUUUUCACGGGUCCGGCUGCUCGUCAGAUCCAGAAUCCCCAGCAUAUUUUCAUGAAUUAUCCUGAGCCGGUUCCCUUGGUAAGGAACAGAUUCCCUAGUCCCAAGGAAAAGAUUCUAACAGCUUCGAAGCAGAGACCCGGGUCGGCUUUCCAACCCUUUCGGGCGAGAGAUGGGUGCCCAGACAUCGACCUGCUCGCACUCCAGCCCGCGCCUCAGGCGUCGACUCACGGGAUGUAUCCUACUUCGAACAAUUACUUCCAAGCGGGGACGCAGGAGCCGAACUAUGCGUAUGAUAUGCAUAGAUUUCCUACCGGCGCAGGGUUCAACGGCUAUCCUCAACCGUCUCCCAACGCCUGGUACUCCCAGCCCUUGCCGAACGUUGCUGGAGCCGCCUUUCAAGGAAUGUCAGCUGGCCAAGCCUCUCAUCAGGUUUCUCCUCAGUAUCCCCAGGCCUAUGGCAGCAUUGAAGGGACCGCUUCGAUGGAGAUGCUAGGAAACCAGACCCCUCAACCCUCUGUUCAUACCAACGGGGCUGCUCCUUGGGGAACCUUCGUUGACCAAACUCCUCACGGGGGUUAUCACCCCUCUGCCAACCUUUUUUUGGCCACUCCUCAGCAGUCGCUAGUCAGCCAGUCCUUUGUUAACACCACUGGGACUGCUCCCCAGGCCCUUCAGUCCUCUGUCGAUAUUACCAGCGUCGCUUCUGGGGGGACACUAGUUGGCCAGACUCCUUGCCAGAGCUAUUACCUCUCCAACAACACCGCCUCGGCCGCUCCUCAGGAGUCAGCAGUCAAUCAACUCUCUCAGCCCUCUGUUAAUAUCACAAAGGUUGCACUUCGAGGGAGGUCAGUUAACCAGGCCGCUCGCAAGCGCUCUCCCCAGGUCCCUCCUCAGGCGCUUCAGUCUUCUGUCAAUGCCACAGGAGCUGCUUCUCAGGGAACACGAGGUAAUCAGACUCCUCCUGGGAGUCACCAACCCUUUGUCAACACUGCUGCGACUGGCCUUCAGAAGUCACCAGACUGUCAGCCCUCUAAGCCCCCUACUGAAAACACAGGGGCUGCUCAUUGCGAAACGCUUGGUAGCCAGAGUUCUCAUGAGAGUCAUCAGUCCGUUACCGACAGGGCGGUCGCUACUCUUAUGCAGAUACUCGACAACCAGAACUCUCAACAUUCUGUUAGCGCCACCGGGACUGCCCCCCAGGAGAAGUCAGUCAGCCAGACCUCUCUUGGGAGCCAGCAACCCUCUACGAACGUUGCCGUAACUGCUCCCCAAAAGUCGCCAGUCCAUCAGACAUCUCAACUCUCCGUUGACACCACCGAGGCCGCUACCCAGGGGGAGCCAGUCAGCCAGGCAUUUCAUGGCAGCCAUCAGCCAUCUACCAACACCGCAGUGACUACACCAGUCAGUCAGCUCUUUCAACCCCCCGCUGUCAUCACCGGGGCUGCUCAUCAGAGGAGAUCAGUUCGCCGCAAUGGCCUUGAGGUACACAGCAGGAUACAUGGCAGUCAAGUCAAUGGCGUCAGGAAGUCAACCUCCACCAGGCCUGCAUCCUAUCCCCCAACACCCCCAGCUGAGGACAUGCUUAAGAAUGGUGGAUGCACCAGCUGGGAGGCCGACAUGGCCCGUCACCUCCAUAAGAGAAACGUGAUGGGCCUCUACAAGGUUGGAGAUUCUCUGUGCGACGUGCACGCCGCCUCUGGUGACUUGGUCAAGCUCGCUAAGCGUGAUAUUACACCUGACGGGGAGCACUUCUGGUGCCACACCAUGCUAGGGCAGCGUAUUCGCCCCAUUGACACAGAGUAUCUCAAUGGCAAGAUGGUUUGCUUGAGCAACGGUGCCUUUGUAGGGAUGGAGGAUUCGCAGGGGAAUAUGAUUGUUCCUAAGUGGCAAUUCGCUGACCCUGUGGACCUGGAGAGCAACUCCAAUGAGCUGAAGGAUCAGAGCGACUUCAAUGAGCUGAUCAACUUCGAUGAGUUGAUUGAUCAGAGCAAGUUUAAUGAGCCGAAGAAUCAGAGCAAGCCGAAGCUGUCAAAGAAUCAGAUUGAGUUCAGGAGGCUGCAGGAGGUGCUGAAGAAGAGAGGUGCUGCAUUCAAGAGGGAGACAGAGACGAUCCAAGGACUCAAACCUGGCUGUGAUCCGAUGUGGUUCUAA